GACCAGCUACUUGCCUUCUUCGAUACAUCUGCACUGGAUGAUCAGCUGCUUUCGUCACCGACCGAUGCGUUCGCCGACGUAUGCUAUGCGCAGUCCUCCCAGAACUUCCUCCUGACACUGCGUGGGUAGCAGAUUUGUUCGAGCAUCCAAUACCGCCAUCAUGGCAGCCAUUCUCCGCGUUCUCACCUACGCUGGCAUCUUCUCGGUUGGAGGGCAAUGCCAAGUUGGAUUCGGUGCCUCAGGUACCUGCACACGCGCGCAAUCUGAGCACGGGUUCCUCUCUCCCGCCGCAGGAUGUCAUAUCAGAUUUGGCAUACGCGUUUGCGACGCCUGAUGGCCCGCUGGAUGAGGUUGAGACAUUCGUGAUGCCGAAUGGGGGAUGGGACGAGGCGGUAGAGAAGGGCAGUAUGCUCGAGUUUACGGUGGACGGUGAGGAUAAGGAAGAGCGAGGUCAUAUCGGUGACUGUGAGCGGGAUACUACAGUCAGGCAGUGUAUGGGGAGGCGGACACCCUUCAUGUAUUCCAUUCCCCACUGCCCCUAUUCAUACACAGUAAUGCCGAAUGUCACUUCUGUGACACACUUCGCGGUUUAUUCUGGCCCCAGAAUGUCAUGAAACUUCCAUGAUAGAGCUGCACCUGAAAGUUGUGAUGAAUGUGUGUAUGUAUUCUCUGUCAAUUGUCCGAC